CCACCAGCAGGGCCGGACCUCACUGUACAAAAAGGAACACAUUUAAUAUUUAUGAGGUCGCGUAUUGGCUCGCGCUCGCGUCAAUCCCGCUGCGCAACUUCUGUAGGCUGGCAGACUUCCUUCAAUAUUAUUCUGGGGGAGCAGGGUAAAAGUACUAAAAAAUGUUGCCGCUCCACAACACCGGGACGGACUGAAUGGAGGCGACGUUGUCCGCGAGCGGAGAUUAAUAAGCCCCUCUACGGUGCACGCGACACACAUCGAGCGGCUUGUUGAGUUCUCCGUAAACGUCCAGCCCUCGGCCUCCCCAUGCCUCCAUCUCCUCUUGACGACAGAAUUGUGGUGGCGCUGCCAAGGCCGAUCCGACCUCAGGAACUCCAACUGCGCCUGGACACCAGCUACCUGGACUCCAUCUCCAGCAGCAGCAGCAACACAGUCAUCAGCACCACCGUGGUGAAGAUACGGGCGACGGCCAAUCUUGUGACGUAUAUGCCCUCAUCCAAGGGCUCCACGCGCUCGUUGUCGUGUGGAUGCAGCAGUGCCAGCUGCUGCUCUGUGACCACCUAUGAGAAGGACAGCCCGAGCCUCAGCCACAGCCAGGUGAGCGCCAGCAGCCCCAACCUCAGCUAUGCCGGGCCACCUACCUCUAUGGUAAGCAACCAUGAGGCUUUGAGCGCUCCCACUCUCACCCCUGGCACUCCAAAGGCAGCCCUGAGGGUUAUCCACCCCAAUGAGCUUGCCAAACGGAUGACCUGCUGCCCCAUGGGACACCCCAUAGGACCCAUGCCGGUUAUCAUUGACUGCCGGCCCUUCAUGGAGUACAACAAGAGCCACAUCAGGGGGGCUGUGCACAUCAACUGCUCUGACAAGAUCAGCCGGCGACGGCUUCAGCAGGGCAAGAUCACUGUGCUGGACCUCAUCUCCUGCCGCGAGGGCAAGGACUCUUAUAAGGGCAUCUUCUCCAAAGAGAUUGUGGUUUAUGAUGAGAGCACCAUGGACCCAAACCGCCUCACGUUCUCUCAGCCGCUGCAUGUGAUCCUGGAUUCCCUGAGGAGGGAGGGCAAGGACCCCAUUGUCCUAAAAGGAGGCCUUAGCUGCUUCAGGCAGAGCCACGAGAACCUGUGCGAGCACUCGCUGCACCUUCGAGAAGGCUUGGACUCCACUGCAGCUGCUGGCCUGUCGGGGGCGCUACCUCACUCCCUGCCCUCCACCCCGGACAUAGAGAACGCAGAGCUGACACCCAUCCUGCCCUUCGUCUAUCUGGGUAAUGAGCAAGACGCUCAGGACCUGAACGUGCUGCAGCGCUACAACAUCGGCUACAUCCUCAACGUGACCACCCACCUGCCACUGUUCCACUAUGACACGGGCCUCUUCAUCUACAAACGCCUCCCUGCCACAGACAGCAACAAGCAAAACCUGCGCCAGUACUUCGAGGAGGCGUUUGAGUUUAUUGAGGAAGCACAUCAAGCAGGUAUGGGCCUUCUGAUCCACUGCCAGGCAGGCGUGUCUCGAUCAGCCACCAUCGUGAUCGCCUAUCUGAUGAAGCACACCUGGAUGACCAUGACAGACGCCUACAAGUUUGUCAAAACCAGGAGGCCCAUCAUCUCUCCGAACCUCAACUUCAUGGGUCAGCUGCUGGAGUUUGAGGAGGACCUCAACAACGGAAUAACGCCACGAAUCCUCACACCAAAGCUGGUCGGUGUGGAAACAGUCGUCUAAAAAAAUGAACGCUUCAAACAUUUUUACUUACUCUCACCGCUUUUCAAGAGAGGUUCGACUGCUCUAUGAGCUGGUUCUGAACUGAGGGAGAAUUUUCUUCUUGAAUCUCCUCACGCUCAUCUUGGGCUCCCUGGAGUAGCAAAGCUCUGGGUCAGUGGUGAUAAGAAAUGCCAAAAAUCUCUACUCUUUGGACCUGGCCGCAGUCCCGGAGGAGGAGGAGUCGAGUUCGAGCGAUAGAGAGAGAGAGAGAGGGAAGCGGUCGGUUGGAAGAUUUCCAUUUGUGACCGCAGAGGGAAAGAAAAUUCAGUUUGGGAAAGAUACUCUAAGUGCUUGGAGGCAAUUACUGAGAGGAGAAACUCUUAAAGCUCACACUGUGGCACACAGUUUCUGUUUGCAGACUCAGGCGGGGUUGGCCGCGGCAGUGCCUGUCAAAAAAAAAAAAAAAAAUGAAAUGAAGACAUGUUUGGUGUGUUAAUGUUGUUGUUCUAUUUUUAUACAGGGGUUUAUGGGGUUGACCAUGACGAGCCCGCAGCGGCUUACUGUGCAAUAAUUUCAGAGUGGAAUGCAACUGAGACCUUGAUCUUAUGUGUAUAUAUCGGUGAUGAUUACAAAACAUUUCCAGCUCUUUGCUGAAAUGCCAUUCUGAUGUUAAUGUAAUACUGUCCUUCAGUUCUAUAUGUCCAUGUCAUGCUGUAAUAUUUAGCGCAGGUGUGUAAAGGACUGAAAAAUGACAGGCUUUUUAUUUUUUUGAGUGCAGCUUGUUGGUUUUGAACCACACAUUGAUAUUUUGUGUGUUUGUUUCAGCAUCUUUGUUUUGCCAUUCCUGCAUCCACAUAUACAUACAUUUUAGCAAUAUACUUGUUUGACUAGAUAGCCAUGACAGCUUUUAUGUUUAACGCACGGCUGCUGGCAGAAGAGAGAACACUUAAGAGUAAUCAGUGAAUAUUGUAAAACAGGGCUACUGCUUAUGAAUUGAGGACUUUCACUGCCUGCUUCUUUCUUCUUUUCGCCCCUAUCGUCCAUAAAAAAAAAGCUCCAUUGUA